CGGCGCUGGCGAGCUUGCUAGCAGCUGGGCGGGAGCGCACGACCAAGCAGAGAUAACUGGACUCUCGGACGGGCCCCCAUCCCCAGGCUGCAGCAGCUUCGGUUCCGAGCCCGACCGGAACGGAGCCCGAGUCCUGGCCCCUGAGGGGAUUUCUCCCCGCAGACCAGUGGGACCCUGAAACUUGAACGCAAUACCCAACCUCCUUUUUAUGCCUUCCUUUGUCACUUACCCACCUUUCUCCCAGCGCGUUCUUUCCCCCCCCCUCUCUAUUCUCCCUCUCUUGAAGGACACAAAAGUGGCUUCCGCGGAAAAAUUUGAAGGCGGUGGGAGCUUUUCUCUUUGGAGAACGACUGUGUAGGAGGGAUUUUUGGGGAAGCCGCUUUUUAACACUUCUGCCCUUCGCCCCCCAAGCCUUUCUGUACCCCUUCGAGGAGAAAAGCCCGUAGAUUGAACGUUCGGGGGGCAUUUUGCUGGCUGCCAGAGCAGGAGAGGGGAGGAGGACCCCGUCCUUGUCCUGGUAGUUGGCUGGACUUGUACCGGCCGUUGGAAACCCCGAAGUACAUUUCCGAGUGGGACUUUUACAGAUAUAUAUUUUUAGAUUUUUAAAUAGCAGAUAAAAAAUAUAUAUGCUUUCUAUAUAUUUCCUGACGACCUGCCCCUGACAGCGCGAUGUACAAUACGGUGUGGAGUAUGGACCGCGAUGACGCAGACUGGAGGGAGGUGAUGAUGCCCUAUUCGACAGAACUGAUAUUUUAUAUUGAAAUGGAUCCUCCAGCUCUUCCACCAAAGCCACCGAAGCCAAUGACUUCAGCCAUUACAAAUGGAAUGAAGGACGGUUCUGUUUCUCUUCAGGAUGCAGAAUGGUACUGGGGGGAUAUUUCAAGGGAGGAGGUAAAUGACAAAUUACGGGACAUGCCAGAUGGUACCUUCUUGGUCAGAGAUGCCUCAACAAAAAUGCAGGGAGAUUACACUUUGACUUUGCGGAAGGGAGGCAAUAAUAAGCUAAUAAAGAUCUAUCAUCGAGAUGGUAAAUAUGGCUUUUCUGAUCCUCUGACAUUUAAUUCUGUGGUGGAGCUCAUUAGCCACUAUCAUCAUGAAUCUCUUGCUCAGUACAAUCCCAAACUUGAUGUGAAGCUGAUGUACCCAGUGUCCAGAUACCAACAGGAUCAGUUGGUAAAAGAAGAUAACAUUGAUGCAGUAGGUAAAAAACUGCAAGAGUAUCACUCUCAGUAUCAGGAAAAGAGUAAAGAGUAUGACAGGCUAUAUGAAGAAUAUACCAGAACAUCCCAGGAAAUACAGAUGAAGAGGACUGCAAUUGAAGCUUUUAAUGAAACAAUUAAAAUAUUUGAAGAGCAGUGUCAUACACAAGAGCAACAUAGCAAAGAAUAUAUUGAGCGAUUUCGGAAAGAAGGGAAUGAAAAGGAAAUUGAACGAAUUAUGAUGAACUAUGACAAAUUGAAAUCACGUCUGGGUGAGAUUCAUGAUAGCAAAAUGCGUCUAGAGCAGGAUUUGAAGAAACAAGCUUUGGACAACCGGGAAAUAGAUAAAAAAAUGAACAGUAUCAAACCUGACCUGAUCCAGCUGCGCAAGAUCCGAGAUCAGCACCUUGUGUGGCUCAAUCACAAAGGAGUAAGACAGAAGCGCCUAAAUGCCUGGCUGGGAAUCAAGAAUGAGGAUGCUGCUGAGACCUAUUUUAUCAAUGAGGAAGAUGAAAACCUGCCCCAUUAUGACGAGAAAACCUGGUUUGUUGAGGAUAUCAAUCGAGUACAAGCAGAGGACUUGCUUUAUGGGAAACCUGAUGGUGCAUUCUUAAUUCGUGAGAGUAGCAAGAAAGGAUGUUAUGCUUGCUCUGUGGUUGCUGAUGGGGAAGUGAAGCACUGCGUGAUCUACAGCACUGCUCGGGGCUAUGGCUUUGCAGAGCCCUACAACCUGUACAGCUCACUGAAGGAGCUGGUGCUCCAUUACCAGCAGACAUCCCUCAUCCAGCACAACGACUCCCUCAACGUCAGGCUUGCCUACCCUGUCCACGCACAGAUGCCCUCGCUCUGCAGAUAAAGAGGGAGUGGGAAGAGCGGUGGCUCUCUAGCGUUUUUUCUACAGUUUUUAUUAGACUAUGAGGGCAUUCUUUCUACGUAGACUGCUUGUUUUGCACAAGAAGUGAUUCUGUGAAUGUGAAGUGGAGAGGCCGAGCAGCAGCCGGCCAGAAUGGGGGCAUAUGGGGCCUGGGGUUCUCUGGGACUCACCGCUGCACUGACAUAGGAAGCUGGGAGCAGAUGCUGUUUUUUGGAAAGUCUGUUUCCUUGGGGUUUUUGUUUUAUUUAGCCAGGCACCCUCAACAGAACACAUUAGGCCUGAUGGGGGUGAGGGUUAUAUCUGGAAGCCUCUGAGGAGUCCAUGUCCUCUUUUGAGAGGCCAUGUCACUCUGAGAGUGUGGUGGGGCAUGGCCCUUCUCUCUUCCUCCCAACAAGGCGGUGGUUUUGGUUCGGUGGUAGAAUGGCAUUUGGUGAAAAAGACAACCAAAGGAAAAUGGGGAGGCUUGGGAUUUCAUUUAAAGAAUCUUAAUCCAUGGGUAAAAAACUUUCAACCGAAGGUACUUAACCAACAUCGUUUAGGCGUCAGCAUCUCAGUAGCUCCUCCCUUUAAAGAAGCAUUAUGUUUAGAAACCAAAUUGAUCCCAGCAAAACGAUUGUUGCCAGACUAAGGUCUGAUGGAAGAAGGCGGCACUAGUAUCUGAAUGCACACUUCUGUACCAAAACUUGAAAGUAAAACUAGAGAAUUUGUUAGUUUUAGCAAACACUAAAAUUGGUCAGUGUAACUCCUUUUGCCCUGCCCUUGUUUCUCUGAGAUGAGGAAUAGUGUUCUUUUUGUGGGCUGGUGAGCUUUGAAUCAUAAAAUGAAGUUGGUACUUGUGUGGUGUUUCCUUAGCCUAAAGAAUGAUCUCUUGUUUGAAACCUUUGUAACUUGUGUGUAUGAGUAAAGAAAAGGUGCAAUCCAGUGCUUUUAG